ACGCAGCUGGUUGUGCCUCCUGCAGCUCUGCAGCGAAAACCCCUCAAUCUCCGACAGACAGUCAGUCAGACGACAGUCAGCCCCAAAGACACAAAAAUUUCUCGUAUUUUUAAGUGGAGCCACAGAGCCCCGUGCAAGUGUCCCAUCCGGCAUCCGGUGUGUGUUCGUGUGUACGUUUACGUGUUUAUGUGUCUGUGUAUGUGGUCGCGAUUUUUUUGUCCAAGAGACUCGAACUGUAAAUUCGUCAGCCGGCGUCAAUAAGAUGUUGGAGUUCUAUCCAAUGCCCACGAAUCUGAAUCCAGUCGGUGGCGGCCUGUACUCGCUGCAGCAGAAUCACGGCGGCGCGCGAUUCCUCGACAGUCCGAAUCCCAGUGUCAUGACCAGCGCCACAGCCGCCUGUCUGGGCGGCAGCAGCAGCAACAACAACAACAAUGUGCACAUUAUCAACAACAAUUUGCCAACAAGCAUUUCCGGCAACAACAGCCCGACAGCAACGGCUUCAUUAACGGGGCCCGUAAUUUCCGCACAACACCAGCAACAGCAACAGCAACACCUACACCAUUCCCACCAUCAUCAUCAGCAUCAGCAGCAGCAGCAGCAGCAUCCCCACCAACAGCAACACGCAGCCUCGACCACGCCAGUGCCAAUUAACAGCUGCCCCACGCCCACAGGACACAGCCCCAACAACAGCAACCACUCCGCCUGCAACACAUUAACAGCUGCUGCUGCUGCUGCUGCUGUUUCUGCUUCUUCUGCGGCAGCGCCACCAGCAACAGCUCCCUCAGUCGCCUCCUCGUCAUUAGGCGGAGCAGCCACGGCUGCUUCUGCUGCGGCUGCUGCUGUUGCGUCUGCGAACUCAACGACGGCAUCGGCAGGAGGAGGAGCGGCCACGGCGCUGGCGUUGGCAUCGUCAUCGGCGGCAGCAUCGAAAUUGUCUGCCGAUUGUAGUGGACGCACAGAAGUGGGCCACAUCAAAUGCGAGAAGAACUUCGAGCUGUGCGAGGGCUGUGGCCAGAAGAUCCACGACCGCUAUCUGAUGAAUGUGGGCGAGGCCAACUGGCACGAGCAGUGCCUGGCCUGCUGCUACUGCGGCAUGCAGCUGCACAACACCUGCUACGUGCGCAACUCCAAGCUCUACUGCAAGAUGGACUACGACCGUUUGUUCGGCGUCAAGUGCGCCUCCUGCUGCCACGCGAUCCUGCCGCAGGAGCUGGUGAUGCGGCCCAUACCCAACUACGUCUUCCACCUGCCCUGCUUCGUGUGCUACGCCUGCCGGCUGCCCCUGCAGAAGGGCGAACAGUUCAUGCUGCGCGACGGCCAGCUGUUCUGCUACCGCCACGACCUGGAGAAGGAGAUGUUUCUGGCGGCGGCGGCGGCCCAGCACUGCGGCUUUGUGGGCCUGGACGAGGAGGAUCUGCUGCGGCCACGAGACGGACGUCGCGGUCCGAAGCGGCCGCGCACCAUUCUCACCUCACAGCAGCGGAAGCAGUUCAAGGCCUCCUUCGAUCAGUCGCCCAAGCCCUGCCGCAAGGUGCGCGAGGCCCUGGCCAAGGACACCGGACUGUCGGUGCGCGUCGUUCAGGUGUGGUUCCAGAAUCAGCGCGCCAAGAUGAAGAAGAUCCAGCGCAAGGCCAAGCAGAAUGGUGGCAGCUCGGGUGGAUCUGGAGGCGGCCGUGGCACGGGCAACUCGAGCGCCGCCGAUGACAAGGAGUCCAAUGAGAAGGAGGACAAGUGCGUCAAGCAGGAUAUGGGCGGCGACAGUUCGGGCUAUCUGGGUGGGCUGGACAACGCCUUUGCCAGCCAGCCGCUGAAUCCCAACUUGCCCUUCUCUCCGGACGAUUAUCCGGCAAACUCGAACGACAGCUUUUGCAGCUCCGACCUGUCGCUGGAUGGCAGCAACUUCGACCAGUUGGACGACGACGCAGAUUCCCUGUCGCUGAACAACCUGGAGCUGCAGUCGACCAGCUCAUCCGGGAAUCAGCACUCGCACUCGAAUCCCCACGACAUGCUGGCCAACCUGAACACCAGCCUGAUCAACCCGAUCGACAAGCUAUAUCUCAUGCAGAAUUCGUACUUUAGCUCGGAGCAUUAGGCACUCGUAUCGGUGCAUCGGUGGAUUUGGAGGCUACAGAGGCACCGUGGCGAAGACUCGCCGUCGUACGAAUUUAUUAGCGUUAGAGUUAAAGGCUCCCAUUGCACGGCAGUUAAGCACCCCAUGGCCAAGGCGGGGCAAGCGGCAGCGGCAGCGGCAGCUGUUACUUUAUAAAUAGCUCAUAGUUGGCAUAUUUCCGCGGGAGGCAUUUCGGAGACGGGCGGCUGCAGCAUUAGAAGCAUUCGAGUUGUAGAAGAAGAUAAAUGAAAUGUGAUUUUUUUUAAGCUAAAUGAAAUUUUAAGGCACACACAUACAAACACACACACACCAGCGAGACGAGACGUUUUGUUGCUGGUCUCUUGUGGAAGCGAGUGCAUAACAUAUACAUACAUACGUACGUACAUCGGUAUAUAUGUAUGUAUGUAACGAUAUGUAGAACAGCCGAAAGGUAAACGGUCAAUGUGCACCUUAUGUUUGUAAAUAGUUUUAAACCGGACAAUUGUUAUUAAAUGUAAUUUAAAGUCAAUAAUUGUAUUAGCAAGUGCAAUUUAAUCUGUUCCCCUA